UAAUUCUCCAAAACACUUUCACACAAUUUUUUUCCUCCAAACAACGUUUUUCGAUUUUAUUAGAAACUCUCAUAAAUAAACUGAUCUAGGAUGAAAAUCUAAAUUCUUAUUACAAAAGGUUCACCUCUAAACAAACCUAACCAUCAAACAAAUUGUACCAUGAUCUGUAUAUAGUUUUCUUAAGGGUGUACCUACCAUACACAAUCCAAGGUGACCUGGGAAAAGGAGAGAGAACGUGUCAAGACAGAGAUUCAGUGACAACGGAGAGAGGUCGAGAGGGAGGAGUUGAGAAACAAUGGCGGAGCGGGGCGGCGGAGGAUGCUGUCCACCGAUGGAUCUCUUCAGAUCGGAGCCUAUGCAGCUCGUUCAACUCAUUAUUCCAGUCGAGUCCGCUCACCUCGCCGUAGCUUACCUCGGAGACCUUGGCCUCAUCCAGUUCAAAGAUCUGAAUGUUGAGAAGAGCCCUUUCCAGAGAGCAUAUGCUACUCAGAUUAAGAGAUGUGGAGAGAUGGCGCGCAAGUUAUGGUUUUUCAAGGAUCAAAUGUCAAAAGCUGGCCUGUCACCUUGUGCUAAGUCUGCCACACAGGAUAACAUAAACUUCGAUGAUCUGGAGGUGAAGCUUGGAGAACUUGAAGCUGAACUGACUGAAAUAAAUGCAAACAAUAAUAAGUUACAACGGUCGUACUAUGAGCUAGUGGAAUACAGGCUUGUUCUGCAGAAGGUUGGUGAAAUAUUUCACUCAGCACAGAGUUGUGCUGAAGCUCAACAAAGAGAGUAUGCAUCAAAUCAAAGUGGCGAAGAGUCUGUGGAAGCUCCACUCUUGUCGGAAUUGGAUAUGUCAAUGGAUCCAUCUAAGCAAAUUAGAUUGGGAUCUAUUGCUGGACUUGUUCCUAGAGAGAAAUUCAUGGCCUUUGAGCGGAUUCUCUUCCGAGCUACCCGGGGUAAUGUGUUGUUGAGACAACAUGAGGUGGAGGAGCCUGUCACUGAUCCUAUUUCUGGAGAAAAGGUUGAGAAAAAUGCAUUUUUAGUCUUUUUUUCAGGCGAAAGGGCAAAGAACAAAAUUCUUAAGAUAUGUGAAGCUUUUGGAGCAAAUAGGUACCCAUUUGCCGAGGAACUUGGUAAACAGGCCCAUUUGAUAGCAGAGGUAUCUGCAAAAACCUCGGAACUAAAGACUGCAAUAGAUGCUGGAAUUCUGCACCGUGGGAAUGUAUUACAAAUUAUUGGCAAACAGUUCGACACCUGGAACUUUUUGGUUCGAAGGGAAAAAUCUAUUUAUCAUACACUUAAUAUGCUUAGCACAGAUGUGACAAAGAAAGGCCUGGUUGCUGAAGGCUGGAGUCCUACUUUUGCAACUCAAGAGAUUCAGGAUGAACUGAAGAGGGCAGCACGUGACUCUAAUUCAGAAAUGGGUGCAAUUUUUCGGGUACUGCCUACGCGAGAAUUGCCGCCCACAUAUUUCCGGACAAACAAAUUUACUUCUGCCUUUCAAGAGAUUGUGGAUGCGUAUGGGGUGGCUAGAUAUCAAGAAGCAAAUCCGGGUGUAUUCACUAUCGUCACAUUUCCAUUUCUUUUUGCAGUAAUGUUUGGUGACUGGGGUCAUGGUAUAUGCUUGUUACUUGCAACAUUGUACUUUAUAAUCCGUGAGAAAAAACUCUCUAGUCAGAAACUAGGAGACAUAACGGAAAUGACGUUUGGUGGGCGUUAUGUGAUAUUGAUGAUGGCAGUCUUCUCAAUCUACACAGGAUUUAUCUAUAACGAAUUUUUCUCUGUUCAAUUUCCAUUAUUUAGCAGCUCGGCAUAUGAAUGCCGUGAUACUUCUUGCAGUGAGGCUACUACAAUAGGCCUAAUCAAGACACGUCAUACUUACCCAUUCGGUGUGGAUCCUGCCUGGCAUGGCUCUCGAAGUGAAUUGCCAUUUUUGAACUCCUUGAAGAUGAAAUUGUCAAUCCUGCUUGGGGUGGCUCAAAUGAACCUUGGGGUUUUAUUGAGCUACUUUAAUGCCAAAUACUUCAGAAAUAGUGUAAAUAUAUGGUGUCAGUUUAUUCCUCAAGUUAUAUUCUUGAAUGCACUAUUUGGAUACCUUUCUGUGCUCAUCAUUAUAAAGUGGUGCACUGGUUCCCAAGCUGAUCUAUACCAUGUCAUGAUAUACAUGUUUCUUAGCCCUACAGAUGAUCUCGGUGAAAAUCAACUUUUCGCUGGUCAAAAGUUAACUCAGCUCGUACUACUACUUUUGGCACUGGUUGCUGUUCCAUGGAUGCUUCUCCCUAAACCAUUCCUUUUGAAAUCACAACACAACAGACAUCAAGCGCAGUCUUAUGCACCAAUUCAAGAUCUAGAUGAGUCCUUACUUGUAGAUGGAAGUCAUGAUUCUAGUGAUCAUGAGGAGUUUGAGUUCAGUGAAGUCUUUGUGCAUCAACUAAUACAUACCAUUGAGUUUGUGCUGGGAGCAGUCUCUAAUACUGCUUCUUAUCUUCGUCUGUGGGCCCUUAGUCUUGCACAUUCUGAGCUGUCAAGUGUCUUCUACGAGAAGGUCCUCAUCCUUGCUUGGGGGUACAACAAUAUUAUGAUUCUUAUAGUUGGCAUAAUUGUGUUCAUUGCUGCGACUGUUGGUGUGCUGUUGGUGAUGGAAACACUGAGUGCAUUCCUUCAUGCGCUAAGGCUUCACUGGGUGGAGUUCCAGAACAAGUUUUAUGAGGGAGACGGAUACAAGUUCACUCCUUUCGCUUUUGCUUUGCUUAGCGAGGAAGAGGAUUAAAUCAGUGUUGAUGUUCAUGGUCUCGUGUUCUUUUGCUUCUUUCACCAUCAGCAACAGCAGCUAAGGUGGAGGGGUUUCUCUUUUUCUCUUCUUUAUUUGUUGGGAUUUGGAGAUGAAUGAUAUUUUUACUGCGUGAGCUUCCAUCCCUCAACGUUGUGUAAUAAUAAUAGUAACAUUAUUAAUUACUAAUAAUAAGCAUCUUGUCUGUAUUCUGGCAGUUGCUGAUACCUCACCUAUUAGGCAUUAGCCUAUGUUGUAUAUUACUCGUCCUAUUUAAUAAAGAGGAUUAUGCUCAAGGGUCAAAAGGGACAUGUGUCCGCCGGAAUGGUUCAGUUUACACUCCGCACACUAAACUAUAAAAAGUCUUAAUCACAUUCGAACAAAAAACUGAAAUAGCCAAUUUUGCAAGUUUCAAACAUUUGCUAUAGUACGGACUCGGCAUGGACCGGUCCCGGGCCGGGCUCCGGGCCGGUCCUGGGGGGCUUUUUGGGUUUGGCUUCGGGCCCGGAACCUGCCCGGGUUUCCACCGGGUCUGGGCUGGUCCCUGGGCUUCUUCAUUUUUUUGCUUUUGUAAUUAACCCCCGACCCCCACCCCUCCUCCAAAACACCCAACCCAACUCGGGAAAAACAAAAAAAAAUUGAAAAAACCCAAAAAAAAAGGCCCUAAUCGGGCCUGGACCGGCCGGUUCCUAUUUUGGGUGACCCGAGGGUAGUCCUGGACUCGGGCCGGUUCGGGCCCGGUUCGGGCCUGGGCCCGGCCGGGCCACGGGCCAGGAAAGGGAGGCCCGAGCCCGAACCGCCGGUGGCCGGUUCCGGUCCCGGUUCCGGGCCAAACCGGGCCGGGCCGGGCCGAACCGGCCCAAUAAUUUUUUUUUUUUGUUCUCCUAUUUAAUCCCCUACCCCUCCCCCUCAACCCCAAACCAUCCCAAACCACCUCAAAUGGCCCAAAAUACCUAAUCCAACCUAAAACUUAAAAAAAAUUCAAAAAAAAAUUAAAAUUAAAAUCCGGCCCGGACCGGGCCCGAACCGGGCCCGAACCGGCCGGGCCGGUUCACCAAAACCUAGGCCCGGGCCCGAACCGCCCAGCAGCCGGGCCGGGCCGAACCGAACCGAGGGACCCACCGGGCCCCGGGCCGGGCCGGGCCAAACAGUGACCGGGCCGGGCCGCCCGGCCCGAGUCCAGGACUACCCGAGGGCCGAGACUGACCCGUAUAACCCCCGGGCUAGGGGUGGACUCGGGCCGGUUCGGGCCUGGGCCCGGCCGGGCCUCGAGCCAGGAAAGUUGGGCCCGAGCCCGAACCGCCGGUGGGCGGUUCCGGGCCCGGUUCCGGGCCAAACCGGGCCGGGCCGGGCCUAACCAGUUCUAAUUUUUUUUUGGCUCUUCUAUUUAACCCCCAACCCCUCCCCCUCAACUCCAAACCACCCCAAACCACCUCAAAUGGCCCAAAAUACCAAAUCCAACCCAAAACUUAAAAAAAAUUCAAAAAAAAAAAAAAAUUAAAACCGGCCCGAACCGGCCGGGCCGGUUCACCAAAAACUGGGCCCGAGCCUGGACCGCCCAGCAGCCGGGCUGGGCCGGACCGAACCGGUGGACCCACCGGGCCCCGGGCCGGGCCGGGCCAAACAGUAACCGGGCCGGUUCCGGGUCGGGCCGCCCGGCCCGAGUCCACCCCUACCCCGGGUCGAG